CUUGAAUAGAAUAGUCACAACUCGGUAGCGAUGUGAGUCGGACGCGGUCCGCUUGUUGUCUUCGCGCUCUUUCGCGCUGCGGCGGCUUAACACCGCGAAUUUAGGGCAACCAUAAACCCUCCCUCCCUCUCUAACUACCGCGUAAUAAGAUCACCUGUCUCGCGCUCACUUAUUUUCUCUACCGAUCGUGACAUAAUAUUAAUGCCCGUCAUUCAUGUAAUCACCCAAUGUUUACAUUCUGAUCGUGUUUGUAAUGAAAAGUCGUUGAGUGUUUGUGCAUCACACGAUUCUGCAUCGUGAGGUCGUCGUAGUACUGGUAGUAUGGAAAAGGAACUAAUAGCUAGAUAACAAUGCCGGUAUUACGGAACGCCGACCACCCCGCGUCGAAAGCGACGGAUUCUAUUGCGUCCCGCUAUGCUGUGGCUGUGCUGGGCGCUUGGGCCGCGGAAGCAGCAACGUACCCGUUCGAUUUAACAAAAACAAGGUUACAGAUACAGUCAGAAGUCGCAGCUGCAAAGCAAUCAGGUUACAAGUUAGAGAACCAUGGAAUGAUAAAAACUGCUGUGGGGAUAGCGAAGCAGGAAGGCGUAUUAAAGCUAUGGAGCGGAUUGAUGCCUAUGUUCCAGCGACAUGCAAUCUACUCGGGGAGCCGAUUGAUUUUCUAUGAACACUUUCGAAGUUAUUUCAAAGACGAAAAUGGAAAAGUUUCACUGGGAGCGGCCUCUGUGGGCGGGCUGGCGGCGGGAUCCCUCGCGCAGCUGAUCGCAUCACCAACCGACCUGGUGAAGGUCCAGAUGCAGGCUGAAGGCAGGAGGUUGUUGCAAGGAAAAGCGCCAAGGUUCUCCAACUGUAGGCAGGUGUAUGUAAUGCUGUAUGCGGAAGGCGGGAUUAAGGGCUUUUGGAGAGGCGCGGUCCCAAACGUGCAAAGAGCAGCUCUAGUCAACAUGGGCGACCUCGCCGCGUACGAUUUUACCAAACAGUUCCUUAUCCGUGAAUUCGGAAUGGCCGACAAUGCCAUAGUGCAUGGUGCUGCUGCGUUCACUGCUGGCUUUGUAGCCGCUGUCGUGGGAACUCCCGCUGAUGUGAUGAAGACGAGGCUCAUGAACCAACCUGUGGGGCCGGAUGGGAGGGGCACCCUCUACCGCGGCAUGAUCGAUUGUUUACAGCAGUCGGUCCGGAACGAGGGUAUACUAUCCCUUUACAAAGGGUUCCUACCUCUAUGGAUGCGACUCGGCCCUUGGGCGCUUAUAAACUGGAUCGCCUUUGAAAACAUCAUGCUUGCUAUCGGAGGACACACGUUUUAGAUAAUAUUUAUUGCAAUUGUUUUUUAUCUGUAUUGACCUGACAUCAGGUAGAAUUCGUAGUUUGCCUGAUUCAAUAGAUUGUGAUAUUUUUCGUAAGCUACAUUUACAAAGAAUUAUUAUUAAAAUAAGUAAAUAAUUUAUUUUUAAAAGAAACCAUCAUAUAACUUGCAAUAUUUUUUUGUUAACGUUCAGUA